CGAUAUGUUGUGAACAUCUCUAUGCACGUGUUGCUGUAUUGUUGGCUUAUUUAAACAGUAAGAACAUGGCCAAAAAGCCGGAUAAAUCCAUAAAGCCGAAAGCAAAGCCUUCGAAGCAGGAGAAACCUUCGAAGCAGGAAAAUCCUACAACUUCAGCUAAAACCCAAAAUGGUGAUGGAGAAGCGAGCGGCAUAUGGAAGGACGAGCGCUUUCAGCAUUUGCUGGCCGAUCCGCGCUUUCGCGGCGUGCCCAAGGUACAGCGUAAGGUGAAGAUCGACAAGCGCUUCCAGGGCAUGUUCGACGAUGACAAGUUUAAAGUGAAGUACACCGUGGACAAGUACGGCAGGCCUGUGAAUAAAACAAACGCCGAGGAUCUGCGUAAGUUUUACGAGCUCGAUGAUAACGAGAGCUCGGACGAGGAUGAGGAGCAGAAAAAGGCGACGAAUGACAACGAGGAUGAGGAGCGCCGGGCCGAAGAGCUGGCCAUCACACAAGAUGACCAGGUCAAAAAUGUUUUGCAGCUGGACAGUGAUGAAGAUGGCUCCGAAGUGCCUGAAAACUUACGCAAGCGUCUAACGAAUCCAAAUAUCGAUUAUGCCCGCGGCGAGGGACGCCUUAUGACCGACUCCUCGUCGGAUGAGGAGAGCACCGAUGAUGAGGACGGUCCAGAGCUGCAAAUCGAUCAUGUCUGGGGUGAGCUGGAUAUGGAUGCGGAAUGCACAGAGGAAGCCACACGUCGUCUAGCUGUGUGCAACAUGGACUGGGAUCGCAUACGUGCCCAGGACUUGAUGGUCUUGCUCAGCUCUUUCCUGCCGCCCGGUGGCAGUGUUCUUAGCGUCAAAAUCUAUCCCUCCGAAUAUGGCAAGGCGCGCAUGGCCGAGGAGGAUGUGCAUGGCCCCACCGAGCUGGUCAGCGCCCAGCCCGAAAGCGAGCCGGAUUCCGACGAGGAGCUGGUACGUGAGCAGGACAGCGAUGCAGAGGAGGGCGACGACUAUCACAUGGAGAAGCUACGCCAGUACCAGCUGAAUCGCUUGCGCUAUUACUACGCCGUCGUCGAGUGCGACAGCCCCGCCACAGCGGAGAAGGUUUACAAUGAAUGCGAUGGCAUCGAGUACGAGAGCUCUGCGACGCGUGUGGAUUUGCGCUUCAUACCAGAUGACACCAGCUUCUCCGAGGACAUGCCCACGGACGAGUGCUAUGAGCUGCCGGAUGCGAGCAACUACAAGCCGCGACAGUUUACCACCACGGCGCUGCAGCAGGCGAAGGUGGAUCUAACUUGGGACGAGACGGCUUUGGACAGGCGAGAACUGGGCGACAAGCUGUCCAGCGGCAAAGUGGAUCAGCUAAACGACAAGGAGCUGCGCCAGAUUGUUGCCUACAGCAGCGAGGAGGACGAAGACGAGGACGAGCAAGAGCAAGAAGAGGAUGGGGCUGACGCUCUACAGAAAAAUACAAAGAAGCCAGCGAAGGAAGCGUCAGAAGCAGCGCCGAAGCAGUCAGUAAAACGUCUCAAACAAAAGGAGCGCAUCGAAAAGUAUAAAAAUCUGCUGGCCGAGAUCAAUGCACAGGAGCAGAAGUCCAAGGAGAAAGAUUAUGAAAUGGAAAUGUCCUGGAAUAUUGAUGCGCCCGAGGCAAGCGACAGCAAAGAACCAGCCAGCAUUAAAUCUCAACUGACGCCCAUCGAGAAGGUGCUGCAAAAGCGCAGCGAGAAGAAUAAGCUGCGCAAAGAGCAGCGUCGUCGCAAGCAACUGGAACUCCAGGGCAUUGAUCCGGAUGCGGCGCACGACAGCGACAACGACUCCAUACCCGACGGCAUUGACAUGAACGACUCCUACUUUGCCGAGGAGUUUGCCAGCGGUGACUAUGAGCAACCCAAGCUGAGCAAAAAGGCCAAAUCGAAGAAGCAAAAGCUUAUCAAAGCGACGCCUGCCGACGACGAGGCGGAGGCGCAACUGGCGCUGCUGUUGGAUGAUGACGACGACGUGGAACAGCAGCCAAAGCAACACUUUAGCCUGGCGAAAAUACUUAAGGAGGAGCAGGCAAGCAGCAGCAGCAGCAAGCGCAAGCGUCGCAAGCAGCUAAAGAAGUCGAAGAACAGCGAGAGCAAGCCGCAGGACGAGGAUAACUUCCAGGUGAAUCUAAACGAUGAGCGCUUCAAUGCCGUCUACAAGUCGCACGAGUACAACAUUGAUCCCACGCACUCCAACUACAAGCCCACCAAGGGCAUGCAACAGCUAAUAAGCGAGAAAUUGAAGCGACGCCAGCACCAGAACGAGCAGCAGGAGGUUGAGGUUGAGCAGCCGGCAAAGAAGCGAUCCAAGCAGCAGCUGGAGCAGAACGCGCUGGUUAAGAGUCUCAAGAUGAAGAUUCAGCAGCGCAAGGCGUAGUUAGUCCACAUUUACAAUUUAUGGCUUACAUCGUGUAUAAUAUAACUAGAAAUAAAGCUAACAAUGUUUAGGAUGACUUGCAA